UCACUCACUCUACAUUUUUUGUUUCUUUUCUCUUUCUUUGAAUUGCAUGGACCCUUUACUUUCCAAAUUCAAAAUCAGGGGUCGAAAUUUCAGCCGAUCGGUGCAUUAAAGCCUGAACCGCCAUGUAAUUUCACCCCGAUUUUCGUCUGUUCAUACAAAUUUUUGAAGCCAAACGGAAAUUAGGCAACAUAGUGUAGGGUUUGUUGAUUUUUAGGGUUUUUAAAGAAGGGUUUGUAAUGAAGGGGCCGUUGGAUCGAACCAAGGUGGUGGUUCGAAGCUUGCCGCCUGCGAUUACGCAAGCCAUGUUUAUUGAACAAAUCGAUGGAGUGUUUGCUGGACUUUAUAACUGGGUGUCGUUUCGGCAAGGGAAGACCAGUCAGAAGCACCAAUCUUGCUCUAGAGCCUACAUUGACUUCAAGAGGCCCGAAUACGUUCUUGAGUUUGCUGACUUAUUUAAUGGGCAUGUCUUUGUUAAUGAGAAAGGUGCUCAGUUUAAAGCCAUUGUUGAGUAUGCUUCUUCCCAACGCGUUCCAAAGCAAUGGUCUAAAAAGGAUGGUCGUGAAGGGACCAUACUUAAGGUAUUUCUUGGUGAACAUCUAGAUCCUGAGUAUUUGGAGUUCCUUGAAUUUAUUGCGAAGCCUGUUGAGAAUCUUCCUAGUGCAGAAAUACAAUUGGAGAGAAAAGAAGCUGAACGAGCUGGUGCAGCAAAAGAAGCUCCAAUAGUUACACCUUUGAUGGAUUUUGUACGACAGAAAAGGGCUGCUAAGGCUGCACCUCGGAGAUUAUUGUCCAAUGGAAAACUGAGCAGAAGAGCUGGUGGAUCAUCAAGCAGAAGUCCAGGUUCAGGUUCAUCCAAACGUGGUUUUGAAAAGAAAAGGAGUUCCACCACAAUGUAUGUUUUAAGGGACUCUGCAAAACACUCAAGUGGCAACGACAAGUCGAAUUACAUUGUGGUUCGCAAGCAAGAUGAUCAGCAGGGUCUUGAUAAACUUGUCACUUCAGCUUCUGCAACUGGAAGUAGUGUACUGGAGGAAAGUGGAAUUUCUGGUAACACCAAAUCUGGAAAAAAGAAAAUCCUGCUUCUGAAAGGGGAAGAACGAGAUAUUUCUCUUGUGCCUGGCAACAUGUCACAGCAGCAGAGUGCAAUGACUACAGUCAAAACUAUACUUGGUUCACCUGCUUCAAAGCGGAGCCAGCGACGUGAAAGCAGUGGAAGAAUGAUCAGAAGCAUACUUCUAAAUAAGGAUGCUCAUCAAAGUCAAUUUUCUGGUUUCCAGUCUGAACAACAUAUCCAAAAUUCAAAUAUAGAAAAGGACAAACGACCUCCUCGACCACCGCAUGUACCAUUGGCGUUGAAGGAUGUAAAUGGAGUUCCUGAUGAGAAGAUUGUUCUGAAUGAUUUGCAUAGUGAGAAACAGGAAAGACGUACCAGAAAUAAGGACCGACCGGAUCGUGGUGUUUGGACUGUUCGCCGUUCAGAUGGAUCAUAUGCAAGUGAUGAGUCCUUGUCUUCAUCUGCUUCUCAACCUUCACUUACAGCAGUAGAUUCUUCAGAAGGGAGUCUCGGAGAUGUGAAAACUGAACAGUCAAAUUUGAGGAGUGGAGAAGUUAAAACUGUUGGGAGUGGACGUGGCAGCCAUUCUUCUUUAGACAAUGGCACCCAUAGACAUGUUGGCUGUCGAGGAUCAACACAUGUUGUUAAGGAUGCUGAUGGCUCGUCUGUUGUAAGUGAGGGAAAGCCUUCAAGAAGAGGUGGUGGUCCUGGCUAUGGCUCCCAUGAGAAACAAGUCUGGGUUCAGAAGUCAAGUUCAGGUUUUUAGUGUGUUUAAACUGUGAAUUGCUUAGUCACAUGAAAAUUUGGAGCAUGCACCUGCUGUUUUGUGGAGGCUGUCUUGUUUUUGCUUAAUGACAUGACAAGGCAUAGACAAUGUUUAAGCAGUGAAACAGAGGAAAGGUUUAGUUGACCCAAAAGAUUCCGAUAGCAAUGUAAUUAAUACAUGGUGGAUUGAAGAAAAAUCCCAGCAUUGGUCAAAAUGGUGCCAGAUAGGAGGAAAAACAAAAAGAAUAGAGAGAUCAUCCCUAUAGUCAUAUACAAAACCACAGUUUUCAUCAUAGCAAACCCUUAAACUGGGUUUCGCUGAAGGAGCUCUGGAUAAUCCUCAUUCUUGCCAUUGACUAAGUACCAGGAUACACCGCCUUUACAGGUGGAUUCUUCCUUAGCUGAAAUGUGUAUAUAUAAAUGCAGACCAAUGUUUAAUGUCUGCUUACCAUCGGUUUUUUAUGUCUUGUUGAGCAGUCUAUAUACCAUAUGUGACUAGUGAGCAUUUGUCAGUAGCUCCCAUGGUAAUUUUAUAGGGUUUCAUAUAUACAAUGAAGUUGUGCUAAUGAGAAAGAAAAGCCGGUGGCCUUUUGCCGAAACCAGCUUUUGCAUGUUUUGAGUUUGUUUUGACUGAUAGGCACCAGAGUGACUUAGAUGAUGAAAAAGAAGUUGUAAGUGAAGUUAUAAGUUGAAAAGCUAAUUGGGUCUGGUCUCCUUUGUUUUGUUUGUACUUUUAACAGUGUUUUGGCUGAAAUUGAACACCAUUUUUUGGUGCUUUUUGUACA